GGGACUUUAAAGUCUCCGCUGGAACUCGCGCUGCUGCUGCCGACUGAUGGAGGGGGAAGAGGGGAAGAUUUCGGUCUGGGUCUGUCGCGAGGAGAAACUCAUCUCGGGACUGUCUCGACGGACCACCUGCGCGGAUGUGGUGCGCGUGCUGCUCCACCAGCACCAGGCGCGUGGCCAGCCCUCGGUUCUCUCGGGCUCCUCCGACUCCUAUUGCCUGGUGGAGAAGUGGCGGGGGUUCGAGCGCGUGCUGCCGCAUAAGAGCCGGAUCCUGCGCCUGUGGACCGCGUGGGGCUCCGAGCAGGAGAACGUGCGGUUUGUGCUAGUGAAACAGGAUGCGUCUCUGCCGAACAGCAGCCCGCGCAGUGCUGAAGCGCGCGUUGUGGCCAGCAAGGACAAGAAGAAGGAGGGCCCCGGCCCCGCGUGCGUGUACAAGGGCACCGCGCGGGUCACCAUGGCGUUCUCACCGGAGAAGCAGCGACGCAUCGUGCGCAAAGCCUUCCGUAAGCUCGAGAAAAUCAAUAAGAAGCGCGCACAAGCCCUCGGCGGAAAACAGCCCUCCGUGGAGAAGAUGGAGACGCUCGUGCACCUGAUCGUGUCUCAGGACCACACCAUCCGCCAGCAGGUGCAGCGCAUCCGCGAGAUCGACCGCGAGAUCCACCUCUACGAGGCCCGCGUGCACUUGGACCGGGUGAAGGCGCACGGGAACAACUACGUGCAGGAUACCUAUCUCGAGCAGCAGGGUUUGCAGGCGCGCGCCGGAGGCCUCGGGGGAGAGCAGCAGCAGCAGCAGCAGCAACAUCUGGCCCCGGAGGUGCGCGCGCAGCUUGAGGAGUACACGCGCAGGUGUGAGGAGGUGGCGAAGCUGCAGGAAGAACUGUGUGGUCACGAGGCACAGCUGGACACCGUCACCAUGGAGAUCACCGAGGAGCUCAACCGCCGCUGGAUGGAACGGCGGAAGCCAGAACAACAGGAGGAAGCGUCCUCAUGCCGCCACCGCCGCCGCCACCCGGGCUCACCAGGGGAUGAUGAUGGGGACUCACCACCGGGAGCGUCCCGGCUCGCACCGGACACGGCACCCGACUCGCGGGGAGAAGAGGAGGAGGAGAGGAUCAAAACACAGCUGGACGCGAGCCUCUACGUCGGUCUCCGGUUGGCUACGGAUUUAGAGGCGAUUAGCGGCGAUCUGAGCUGCAGCGGAGACCUCUGGAGUGCGAGGGAGGGCGAGCUGAGGGAUUUACUGGCCCGGGUCCGCGCGCUGGACUUGUGCGCCGACCAGGAGGAGGAGGAAUUAUCCUCUGCGGAGGCCGGCGGGGAGCGCGAGCCCUGGGUAACGGAGCCAGAACCCGAGAGCGCGUGGCUGCUGGAACAGGCGAGAGGGCUGUCCAAGUCAAAGGCGCUCGAGGGCGAUGAUGAUGAUGAUGGCGACGACUCGGACACCGGGCUCAGCUCGCUACACAGUCAGGACUCGGACAGCGCGCGCAUGGCCGCCGAGUCGCUCGUGUGA